AUGCCUUCUCUCGCCCCUUCCAAUGGCGGCGUCCAGAACGCCAACGAUAACAUCACCCGCUUCAACCCUCCUUCCCGCCUUUUGAGCCCCCUCGAGCAACACACUCUGUUCCACAACAAGACACGAUGCUUUGUAUACGGAAUGCAACCCCGUGCCGUGCAGGGUAUGCUCGACUUCGACUUCAUCUGCAAGCGCAACUCCCCCUCCGUUGCCGGCAUCAUCUACACCUUCGGCGGUCAAUUCGUCAGCAAAAUGUACUGGGGAACCAGCGAGACCCUUCUGCCCGUCUACCAAGACGUUGGCAAGGCGUUCGCCAAGCACUCUGACGUUGACACUGUCGUCAACUUCGCCUCUUCCCGAUCCGUCUACAGCUCCACCAUGGAGUUGAUGGAAUUCCCCCAGAUCAGAACCAUUGCUAUCAUUGCCGAAGGUGUCCCCGAGCGAAGGGCACGUGAAAUCUUGGUUGUUGCCAAGGAGAAGGGCAUUACCAUCAUCGGUCCUGCCACCGUUGGUGGUAUCAAGCCCGGUGCUUUCAAGAUCGGUAACACUGGUGGCAUGAUGGACAACAUCGUUGCUUCCAAGCUCUACCGCAAGGGCUCCGUCGGCUACGUCUCCAAGUCUGGUGGUAUGUCCAACGAGUUGAACAACAUCAUCUCCCAGGUGACCGACGGUGUUCACGAGGGUGUCGCCAUCGGUGGUGACCGUUACCCCGGAACCACUUUCAUCGACCAUCUGCUCCGUUACCAGGCCGACCCAGAGUGCAAGAUCCUGUUGCUUCUCGGUGAAGUCGGUGGUGUGGAAGAAUACCGCGUCAUCGAAGCCGUCAAGCAGGGCGUCAUCACCAAGCCCAUCGUUGCUUGGGCCAUUGGUACUUGCGCCAGCUUGUUCAAGACCGAGGUUCAAUUCGGUCACGCUGGAGCUUCCGCCAACUCUCACCUCGAGACCGCCGUCGAGAAGAACAAGACCAUGAAGGAUGCCGGAUUCUACGUCCCAGACACCUUUGAAGAUCUUCCUCAGGUUCUCGGUGACUUGUACGAGCAGCUCGUCUCCAAGGGCACCAUCACUCCCCAAAAGGAGCCCGUUCCCCCCAAGAUCCCCAUGGACUACUCGUGGGCCCAAGAGCUGGGUCUCAUUCGUAAGCCCGCCGCUUUCAUCUCCACCAUUUCCGACGACCGUGGCCAGGAGCUGCUGUACGCUGGUCUCCCCAUCUCCGAUGUCUUCCGGGAGGACAUUGGUAUCGGUGGUGUCAUGUCUUUGCUCUGGUUCCGUCGCCGCUUGCCUCCUUACGCUAGCAAGUUCCUUGAGAUGGUUCUCAUGUUGACUGCCGACCACGGUCCUGCCGUGUCUGGUGCCAUGAACACCAUCAUUACCACUCGUGCCGGCAAGGAUCUGAUCAGUGCUUUGGUCUCUGGUCUGUUGACCAUUGGUUCUCGUUUCGGUGGUGCCCUCGAUGGUGCCGCUGAGGAGUUCACCAAAGCCUUUGACCGGGGUCUCAGUCCUCGUGAAUUCGUCGACACCAUGCGCAAGGAGAACAAGCUGAUCCCCGGUAUCGGCCACAAGGUCAAGUCCCGCAACAACCCCGAUCUCCGUGUUGAGUUGGUCAAGGAGUACGUGACCAAGAACUUCCCCAGCCACAAGUUGCUCGACUACGCCGUUGCUGUCGAGACUGUCACAACCUCCAAGAAGGAUAACCUGAUUCUCAACGUCGACGGUUGUGUUGCUGUCUGCUUCAUCGACUUGAUCCGCAACUCUGGUGCCUUCUCGGCCGAGGAGGCUGAGGACUACCUCAAGAUGGGUGUCCUGAACGGUCUCUUCGUUCUCGGACGUAGCAUCGGUCUGAUUGCUCACUACCUCGACCAGAAGAGACUGCGCACUGGCCUGUACCGUCACCCAUGGGACGACAUCACCUACCUGCUCCCCAGCGUGUCCAAGGGCGCUCCUGGUGCGGAGGGCCGUGUCGAGGUCAGCCUCUAA